AUGUGCCAGGCCUCCCAUUGGUGUGUUAUUGCCCUGUCUAUCAAAGAUAGCUUAUUUAGAUAUUCUGCAAAAGUUGCUACCACUUUGUAUCUUGCUUACUUGAAGUUCAGACUAGGCAUAAGUAAGAAAAUACUUACGAUCUUUCAAUCAAUUUCGAUUUAUUGUAGCUCUAUUAAGAUGGCUUGUAAACUUCCAAUAUUAGCAGCUGACGGACCAUUCAUAUUUCGUCAACUUUUUGAAAAGGCCUCCUCAACUUUCACUUACCUUAUCGGGGAUACCAAAUCUAAACAAGGCCUUCUAAUUGAUCCAGUUCUUGAGACAGCUGAACGUGACGCAAAGUUGGUAAAUGAAUUGGGCUUGGAAUUGCGGUAUGUGAUAGACACACAUGUGCACGCAGACCAUGUAACUGGAGCAGGGACACUGAAGAAGCUAUUUGGUUCCACCUGCAAGAGUGUUAUUUCAGAGGCUUCUGGGGUACAAGCUGACAUCAUGGUCAAGGCCGCUGAAGUCCUGAAAUGCGGGAAUAUUGAGCUUGAGUGUCGAAGUACACCAGGUCAUACACGCGGGUGCUUCACUUAUGUUUUACACUCUGCUCGAAGCGCAUUUACGGGAGAUGCACUGCUAAUUCGGGGAUGUGGAAGAACAGAUUUUCAGGAGGGUUCAUCAGAACAACUCUAUGAAUCCGUGCAUUCACAAAUCCUCUCUCUACCCGAGGACUACCUCCUCUUCCCUGGUCAUGAAUAUUUAGGUCGUAUGAUGACAACAGUGGCGGAAGAAAGGAAAUUUAAUCCAAGAUUAACAAAAUCAUCCGAGGAGUUUGUUGAAAUAAUGAAGAAUUUGAAUCUGGCCUAUCCCAAGCAGAUUGAUAGGGCGGUUCCUUUAAAUCUUAAAGUUUGUAUCUAUUUUUUUGUUAUUAGAAUUAAAAACAUGAAUCUACAUGCAAAUUUUGUACAACAAUGGUCGAGCAAGUUCCCAUGCUCAGUGGAUUCCCCCCCUCAACUAGAAUGUUUAAAAGCUGACCAGUUCCUUACCGUGAACGAUCAGCGAAUUGCUUUGGAAGUUGCUCAGUCUGAGGUGUCGGCUUCCAUAGAUCGUCUUCAGAAUACCCUCAACCAACAACUCUUCAUAUCUGAUUAUCUUCGUAAUUGUAUAACGAAAUUGAGUGCUGUUUCCAGAGUUUUCAAUGAAAUUGAAAAUGGAGAUGAGAAUAGUGGAGGCGAAGACUCUCCAUCAUUAAAAUCAGAUGAUAGACAAACACCUCCACAAUGUGAUUCCAAUAGUAUCAAAACUUCUGCAUUGAAUCUUUCUGUUCCUUCUCCAACGCAGGCACAGUCUCUAUCUCUCAUUCCCUCGUUUUUCACUUCCACUUCACCACUUCUCACCCCCUCAUCACGAAAUCUACUCCUCCAUUCCAGUCUCAACUCCCAGCAUGCAAAAUCCGAUUCCAUGCAGGUGAAGUCAGAAGGUUCGCCAACAAUGGAAGAUGCGGUGAGAUGUAUGGUGGAUGAUAUUUCGGCAGCAACCUCUAAAGCAAAUAGCAGCCACGGACACCAUUUCCAUCCAUCUAAUCACCACCAGGGGCAGCAACAACUUCCCUCUCAUCUCACCCCUCCUGGACCCCCACCCCUUCCUCUUCCUUCUGACGACUUUCCUGCGAACACUUUCAAUGCCGCGAGAUCUGUAGCGGCGGCAGUGUCAGCAGCUUUAGGAUUUCAUUUUCCCCCACCUGAUAUGUUUAACCUAAAUCCCCCUCAACCAUCAUCCCAAACUCCUUCAUCCCUAUCCUCAAAGAUUAAUGGAAUUCCAGGCAGCCCCGAAUCUCACAAUUCCAAGAGUACAGCAGAAGACUACGCUUCUAGACCGUAUCGUUGUGCGACUUGUGGUAGAGGAUUUGCAGUCAAAGCUGGUCUAAUGCAACAUCUUCGAACUCACACCGACGAAAGACCAUAUCCAUGUCCUGAAUGUGGACGAGCCUUUAAACAAAAGAUCCAGUUGACAACUCAUAUGCGGGUCCAUUCAGGAGAACGGCCUUACGGGUGCCGAAUCUGCGGAAAGCUCUUCCGCCAACAGAGUCAUGUUGUGCAGCACCUAAGAACACAUACUGGUGAGAAACCACACAAAUGCACACGGUGUAACAAGGCUUUCCGUCAGAAGUACAGUUUGAUCUCACACCAACGUCGAAUGUGCCAGAGUAGAUCAAAUUCCAGUUCAGCUCUGAUGGCUGGAAUGACAAUGUGGAUAGGCCCUGGCGGCCGAGCAGCCGAAAAAGCAGCAGCGAAAGCUGCAGCGGCCGCUCUUCAAAAUGGACUUCGAUCGGCACAUUCCGCAAACCUUCCACCACCUCCUCUUUGUAAUUCCACCUCCCCCAUAUCUCUUCCCUUCUCUGCCCCUCAACCCGCUUCAAAUGAACGCAAUUCCUCACCAGUCAUCCCAACAAAGAUGGAAGAUAGGGUAUCCUCUAGCCCUGCAAGUUCUCACGGAGCAGAUGUAGGAGGAAAUAACAGCUCAUUCCGACAUCCUUCUCCUCAUCUUAAGCACUCUCCUACUGGUGGGCUGAACUCUGCAGCAUCUUCAGCAGGAAGAUCUUUCCAUGAAAAUGACUAUAGCAUUGCUACUACAUCCUCUACAUCCUCUUAUCCCUCUCCAUACCAUUCCGGAGCGACAGAUCUCCGUAUGAAUACCGGAAAUGGUGGAUCUACUUCAGAAAGUGCGUUCCCUUCACGUCUUGAUGAUACCCCGUCUGCCACACCAAUGGAGACAGCUGGUGUAUAA